CUCAAAAUUAUUAUUCAAUACUGUUUUAUUUAGAUUAGCAUUCAUAAUUAUCAUCAAAUUAAUAAUCAUAUGUAUGUUUAGAUGAUUAAAAUCAUGAAAAAAAUAUCAUCAUCAUCAUCAACAACUAUAAUGAUGGCCUUGUCAUUUAGUAUCAUAAUCAUAUUGAUCAUUGUGAAUAGCGUUAUCGCAUCACGAACAUGUCCCCGUGGAUGUGAUUGUAUUGAAACAUUAUUAAUUACUAAUUGUAGUGUUAGUUCACAAUUAGAAUAUGUUCCACAUACAUUGAAUCCAUCAUUAAAAAAAUUAUAUCUUCCACGAAAUAAUAUUCGUCGUAUUGAUACUGCAUUUGAUGUUUAUAAAAAUCUUAUCUAUCUUGAUUUAUCAUCAAAUCUAAUAACAACAAUUGUUAAUAAUAAUUUUCAAUAUAAUUCAGAAUUACAAACAAUUUUAUUGAAAAAUAAUAGUUUGUUUAUGUUAGAACCGAAAGCAUUUAACGGUUUAAAUUUGCUGAAAAUAUUGGAUCUAAGUUUUAAUCGUAUCGAAAUGAUUAAUGGUUCUAUAUUUAAGAAUCUAAAUUCAUUACAAAUUCUUGAUCUUUCAUUUAAUUUAUUGAAAAUAUUGAAUGAAAAUACAUUUGUUGGUCUACGAAAUUUGAUUAAUCUUAAUAUUAGUAACAAUUUGAUAAUGAAAUUAUCGACAAAUCUUUUUUCAAACAUUCCAAAAUUGAUUAAUUUAAAUAUCAGUAUGAAUCAAUUAGAACAUUUAGAUGAUAAUUGGUUUAUUGCAUUAUAUGAUUUAACCGUAUUGGAUUUAAGCUCAUGUCAUCUAUCAUCAUUAAGUUCAUAUUGUUUUAAUGGUCUUAAUAAUUUAACUAUUCUUAAUCUUAAUAAUAAUUCAUUAAUGGCUAUACCAUCGGCAUCAUUUUUACCAAAAAAUGUCAUACAAGUAUUGAAUAUUGGCAACAAUCCAUUUCCAUUUAUUCAUCCAAAAUCAUUUUAUCAUUUAAAACAUUUAAAACAAAUUUAUCUAACCAAUGCAUCUUCGUUAGCUAAAAUCCAUGUGGAUGCAUUUGAUGGUGUUGAAAAUCUAGAAAUGCUUGAAUUAUCCAAUAAUCAAGCCUUGAAACAUAUCGAUUCAAAUGUAUUCAAUAAUCUUUAUUCACUUUCAUCGUUAAUUUUAUCAAACAAUAGUUUUGAAAGUUUAGAAAUAGAUCUUAUAACAAAAUAUAAAAAAUAUGAUCUCUAUUUAGAUGUACGUGGCAAUCCAUUCAGUUGUAAUUGUAGCCUUGAAUGGCUUAAUUUUCAUCUUAUUCGUAUGUUUAACAAAACAAUAAGCAGUAAUCCAGAUUAUUUUCUCAAUCAAAAUAUAACAUUUCCUAUAUUCAAUUUGGUAACAUUAUUGAAUGAAAAUGUCAGCGAAAUCAUAAUGAAACAGAAUGCAUUGGAUGUUCGUUGUUAUUCACCAUUUUCAUUGAAAGAUAAAUUUAUUAUCAAAUUACAUAAAGAUAAAUUUGGUUGCUUUCUAUUGGAAUCAUAUAUACCGAUUAUAAUUGGUGGUUUAUUCGGUUUAUUAAUCAUCGGCGGUGUAAUCAUAUUGUUGGUCAUUCAAUGUCGUAAUCAAUUAUCUGGUUUUGUUAAAAAUCAAUUAUAUACCGAAAAUCAAUUUAAAAAUAAUCAAUUUGAUCUAUAUCCAAAACCAGAAUUUGUUUUUAUUUCUACAUAUAAUGAUUUCUAUAAAAAUCCUGCCAAUAUAAAUGCAGCAAUGGAAGAAUUUUCUGUUCGUUAUCCGCUCAAUCAAGCUCAUCAACAACCACCAACAACUGAAUUAUAAUUUUUUUUCAUUCUAUCUAUUUACUUCAACUGUGAUAUAGUAUUUUACAAUUUUUUUUCCAGUAUCUCAUCUCUAAUCAAACGUAUUUAUCGAACAAACAAACAAACAUUUUUCAUUAAUGUAUUAUAUAUACCAAAAAAAAGAAAGGAAAAGAUUUUUGUUUUCCUGUGCCAUUCCAUUUUAUAUACAUUUAAUAAUUCUGUAUUCUUUG